CAAAUUGAUUUUAUUAAAUGAAGAGAACAUACAAGAACACUUCAAAUAUAUACCUAAUUCCCAAAUUGAAAACUGUGGGCUAAGAAUCAUUCUUGAUCUUCAUCAUCAUGGAGUCUAUUGGCGUUGAAGGAGAGUACGAAAAGCUAAAGGCAAUUUUUCUGCCGUUUAUAACGCCGAGUCACCUCGUACCCGUCGUAGACAUAGCCAGGAUUUUCGCCAUACAUGGCGUGGAUGUCACCAUUAUCACCACACCAGCAAACGCCGCCGUUUUUCAGAGCUCCAUCGACCGUGACUCCAGCCGCGGUCGCUCCAUCCGAACCCACCUUGUCAAGUUGCCGCACGUGCCGGGUUUACCAGAAGGAGUGGAAACCAUCAACGCCACCACUUCCAAAGACACAGGAGGCAAACUCUUCGAAGCACUCAACAAGACCAUCCAAACUCAAUUCCAACAACUCUUCCAUCAAUACAAACCCGAUUUCUUAGUCUCCGACAUGUUCUACACUUGGAGUGUCGACGCUGCUGCUGAGUUGGGAAUUCCGAGGCUCAUAUACGUCGGUGGAACUUACUUUGCUCACUGUGCCAUGGACUCUCUCGAACGGUUUGAGCCUCACAAAAAGGUAGAGUCGGAUGAUGAGAGCUUUUUGAUUCCUGGGUUGCCCUACAACAUGGAGAUGACGCGUUCCCAGAUACCUCAACGGUUCAAGAAACCCGAUGACCCAUUCUCCUACUUAAUGAAGAUGGUUAAGGAAUCGGAGAAGAGGAGUUACGGAUCACUGUUCAAAAGCUUUUAUGCUUUUGAAGGAGCUUACGAGGAACUCUACCGGAAAAUCAUGGGAACGAAGAGUUGGAACGUGGGACCCAUUUCGUCGUGGGUGAACCAAGAUGCUUCCGAUAAGGGUUCAAGGGGACACGGCAAAGAGGUGGAAGAAGGAAAAGGGAAAGUAGGUUGGCUUGCUUGGCUUAAUUCAAAGCAAAAGGGCUCUGUUGUGUAUGUGUGUUUUGGGAGCAUGAACAACUUCUCUGCCACACAGAUUACGGAAAUAGCUCACGGGCUUGAAGAUUGUGGCCAUGAUUUCAUCUGGGUGGUGAGAAAAAUUGACGAGGACGAAAGUAGAGCUCUUGUGGAGGAGUUUGAGAAGAGGGUGGAAGCAAGCAAGAAGGGUUAUCUGAUAUGGGGUUGGGCCCCACAACUUCUGAUUCUGGACCAUCCUGCUGUGGGAGGUGUGGUGACUCAUUGUGGGAUGAACACAGUUAUUGAAACUGUGGAUGCGGGUUUGCCAAUGGUGACAUGGCCUCUUUUUGCGGAACAGUUCUUCAAUGAAAGGUUGCUGGUGGAUGUGCUGAAAAUCGCAGUGCCAGUUGGAGCAACAGAAUGGAAAAGUUGGAGUGAGUUUGGGGAUGAGAUUGUUGAGAGGGAGAAGAUAGCAAAGGCUAUUUCUUUGUUGAUGGGUGGCGAAGAGUGUGAAGAACUGAGAAGGAGAGUGAAAGCGCUGAGCGAGGAGGCAAAGAAAGCAAUCCAGAUCGGUGGUUCCUCUUAUAACAGUUUGAAAGAUGUAAUUCAAGAGAUGAAUUCACUCAAACUUGAAAAGCUCAAUAAGCCUGUGACUUAGCAGGAGGAUUCUUGUUUCUUAAUCAUGUUAUAACCUCCUUUCAAAUAAUUUGUAUUUUUACUGUUACAAAAAUAGGAGUGGUUCUUCCUACACCUCCCUCUUUU